AUGGUCGGACUGGACCUGGCGACUCCACAAACAGUCAUCUUCUUGGCCACUUUGGGCUUGAUUCCCGGCGUGAAAAUGGUGAGGGAUUGCUGGACUUCGUUGAUCAGAACCGACUGCUGUUACCAAAACGUGUUUUCAGCAUCGCAAGAAACAUCUGCUGACCUGGUAUUCAGACGACGGUCAGACGGCCAGUCAGAUUGACUACAUACUAGUCAGCUCAAUGUUCCGUAGCUGGGUUCACGAUGGCAGAUCGUUGCGUGGUGUUGAGACUGGUAAUUUCCAUGGGUUGGAUCAUGUCCUCGUUCGUACACGCUUGAAAGUUCACCUCUCAUUCGCGCAAAAAAUGCCAUGUCCUAGACGCCUGCAUGUCGCAAAAAUCCAGCAAACCAGCACUGCCGAGGCCCUGAGCAGAGAAAUGCGGACCUGUUUUACGACCCGAGCCGACGGAGAAGUCAGUAAACAGUGAUCGUCACAUGAAAACAUCUGUCAAUGGUGCAGCUGAGGAAAUCCUUGGAUAUACUCAGCAGCGCCGCAGUGACUGGAUCAGCGGAAGAACCCUGCAGUUGUCUGCUCAGACGGCUCGAGCCAGGUCCCGUAGUGAUGAUUCCUUCCGCCGACUUCGGAAGAUGGCGGCAAAGUCGGCCAGGGAUGACCGGAAGCAAUAUUGAGCUGAAAUAGCGACCUCCAUGGAACAGGCCUCGAACGUUGAUGACCUCGAAAACUCUACCAACUUAUCCGCCAAGUUUGGGGAAGCUCUCUAUACCGAGUAACACAGUUCGCGACGUGAAUGGCGGCCUUUUUGCUGACAACUCGACCGAAGUCGGGCGCUGGCGUGAGCACUUCGAGCUCCAUCUCAACUUCAAUACCCAACAUACCUCGCCCUUGCUCUCUUCCUCAGCGGAGUUUCUUCCCUCUCCAACCUAUGCAGUGCCAUGUGAUCCUACUUCUGAAGGAGAGGUCUCCGAUGCCAUACGAAAGCUACGCAACAACAAGACACCUGGGGAGGACGGUAUACCCGCUGAAAUCUACUAGUCUUGUGUCGACACUCUGGCGCCCUUGUUGCAUGAGGUGACUGAACAGGCGUGGAGGAACGAGGUUGUUCUUGAUGGCUGGGACUUAGAUAUCUCUGUACCUAUCCUCAAGAGGGGAGAUAAGAAAGAUGUGAGAACUACCGCGGCAUAAGCCUCCUCGACGUUGCUGCGAAGAUCUUCGCUAUUGUCUUACUCAGUUGAUUCCAGGCUGUGCGUGACCCUAGGACGAGGCCCAACCAAGCCGGAUUCCGUCCUGGAUGUGGUUGCGCGGACCAGAUAUUCAAACUAAGUCGCAUUCUUGAAGUUCGCCAUAGUUACCAGCAACCGAUAACCGUCUACUUUUUUGACUUUGCCGCCGCGUUCGAUUCCAUCCAUCGUGAGUCCCUGUGGCGGAUAAUGGCACUAGGUGGCGUACCGCCAAAAAUUAUCGCCAUGAUCAAGGCCUAUCUUCGCUCAACCCCCGCGCGAAUUCUGGUUCAAAGAAUCUUUUCCAACCCUUUGGUAUUCGGUCUGGCGUUCAACAGGGUUGUAUCCUGUCGCCCAUUCUGUCCAACUACGCUAUUGACUGGUUUUCUCAGGAGGGCCCGAAGGUGACGGUGCUGAAUUUGCACUCGGACACCGACUGACUGAUCUCGACUAUGCCGAUGAUACUGCCUUACUUGCUUCAAGUUUUCGUGGUCUACAGUCCAUGGUGUCACGGGUGAACGAGGUCGCCAAAUCGGUCGGUUUAUCCAUUGCCGCUGGGAAGACUAAAGUGUUUUAAAGCUGCAUCCCUGACCAGGAGAAGGCACCUCUCGGGAUUGAUGGCUGUCAACUUGAAGAAGUAGACAGUUUUAAAUGCCUCGGGACGAAGCUGGUGCCAAAUGGCCAGAGCAAGGAUGGCAGUGUCUCCCGAAUUGAUGCUGCCCGACGGGUUUUCUCAAGCCAUAGAAAAUGUCUAUGGAUCCGACGCGACAUCUCCAUCGUCACUAAGAUUCGCGCGUAUCGUACGUCUGUCCGGUCUGUCCUUCUUUGUGGUUGUGACUGUUGUGCCGUGCGCUUGGAGGACGAGCGAAAACUGGAGGUAUUUGACCGCCACUGCAUGAAGACCAUCCUUCGAGUGAAGUACGCUGACUUGAUAAUACUUGCGAUAACAUCGCAAGGAUGGAUAAUCUAGGCCAUUCAGAAAGUCGACUAAGGUGGUUUGGGCAUGUUCUUCGUCGUCCACCUCAGAAGCUGAGUGUUACUGCCCUCGAUCCGGCACCGUUACCCCAUUGGAGGUGUCGAUGAUGGGUUCAACUCAAAACCUGGCUUGACACAGUUCGUCAAGACAUGUAGGUGGUUCUUAGUCCUUCGGUAUUCGGUCUCCGUCGUUGGCGAAGAAAGUGGGUUGAACUGUUCAGAUCUGCUGCCGCGGAUCGUCACGCGUGGAGAGAUGCAAGCAAGCAGUAAGAGAGGGAGAGAGAUGUUGCGUUACUAUGUAAACCUGACGUGUCUGACGACUUUUGGCAUCAGUUAGGAUUCUGGCGCGGGUGGUGCUUUACUCUGACAACGUCAGGAUCGUUUGCACUACCGACUUUGCUAAAUUUCACCCGCUGGUGAAUGGGUGUAUUUUUGGCAAAGCAGUCAUCCAAUCAAGCAAACGGAAACUGAAGGAUUAUAUUAGAGCGCGCAGAGAGAAGCCCUAGGAUCCCGACUUCGCGGAUAGGAGGCCUUGCUAACGUCCGACUUUCAGCCGUUCAUCAGGCCGUCUGCGUCCGGCGCUCCAUAGUGGUCGCGCAUCUGUCAGAAAUAAGUCAUAUUAGCAACUGAAUCAUGCGUCCAGGUUAAGAGACUGACCCGAGGGGAGUUGUUUUCCAGUUCUCGGGCUACAUCUGAAAACUUCAGUCUUAUUUUAUGCUAUUGCCUAUUUCAGUACGCCAUCGAGGAGGCACGGCUGGUAAACGAGUACACAGAGGCUGAUCGCCUUGAAAGGGCAGCCUAUGAGAAGUUUGGCAGUCAUUUACGCUACCUGCACGCCGAGGAACGCAACUACGACAAGCGGAUGCGGCAGUGGGCACUCAUUGGCAGUAUUACCCUCAGCUUUCUCUCGGCUGCGAUCACCUGGUUUCGUCUUCGUGCGCGGGCGGUUGAUCCGGUCAGUCCUCAUCUUCAUCUUGCACUUUCCCUUUCACGGAUUUGAUCAUGCUACUGAAAAUACUGACAGGGCUUGUGUCGUUUCAAUACUUUACUGAACCACGCGGUGUGCCCCUAUGUACCGACUGUCUUUUUUAGUCAAAAGUUCAUUAGGCCCGUUAAUAAGUUGCCUUCGUCGAAUUGGCGCGCUAAUGAGGCCGGGCUUAUAGAACCUAGCUCCACACCAUCCCUUAAACGACGGCAUUUUAACGCCCCAGUGGAGUUUUUUGUGCCACCUAAAAUGCCACUCAUAAAUCAAACAUUGAAGAUUGUUGGUAAAUUUCCCGUAACAUGAAUUUCAGUGUUCUGUAUUAGGGUAGAUUUAAAAAUAUCGAUAAAUUGCCUUUUCAGUGGCAUUUUGAUGUUAAAAGCACACUAAGUCGUAGACUACAUCUCAAAGAUAUGACAGCAAGAGGACUUCUUCGAAGCUCGAGUAUAUCUGGAAGCAACUCAAGGGUUCUUAAAAGGAUGUAAUUUUCGGCAAAAUGCUAGCUGGAAACUAAUCUCUAGUAUGAAGAAAUGUCCUUGCAUAACCACCUCAGACCAUCACAUACUGCUUAGUUGCGUGGGACUCUCUCACCUCACAAUGACUGACGAUUUUUGAGAGACCGGAGCUUCCGGUUUACCUCAGCUCACUAUUGUCGAUCGCCUAGAAGUUGCAGGUCUGUAUAAGACAGCAAACCCUAGUGUCUGUUUUCUUCCGACCCAAAAGGUCCGUGUGAACGGCUUUUCCCAUAUCCAGAGUAAGCACAGGAAUAUUUUUUUCUAGUGAAAGCGAUGGAACCAUGCAUCUCGUGAGAAGUACUUGGAUGAUAUUUGUUGGCAGUGGUUAUCUAGGCCCCAAGUCACACAUUCUGACAGGACAUUGGUAGCAUCCCAAGCCGUUUACCUCAUUACAGAUACAAAGGAAACAUUUGAACGUAAAUUGGCCGACUGCAUGAAACGCUGCUUACUAGGGCACGGAAAUACGGAUGCCGGCAUUAUGCAGUGCGUGACCGAUCUCAUAAAUGUUGGCCGAAAUUCGUUUUCGAUUAGGAAGCAUUACUUUGGUGGGGUUGUAAUAUUGAUUAUCACGCGGCAUGAUCCUAUAGUAUUUCGGACUCGCCAGGAUGAUGGCUUUCGAUUCCACUUCUUUCCUACCUGCAGAAACCACACUCGGUAAAGAUUGACGACUUAUAUAGCAUGCAUUUUUCACAUUGAUUUUCGAUGGUUUUAUAAAUUCAAAUAUAUUUUAUAGAAACCAUGCAUAAAACUAUGCUUCCUUUUAUUUUUUUGGUAGAUAACCCUGUUACCUUUGCGUUUUAUGUCCGAAAAAAGGGCAUAUUUGGGUUUGGAAAAUGUUUCCCGAUUCCCGAAUAAUUUUGAGCUUGAUCUGUCGUUGCAUUAGCGUUUAGCGAUUUCAGACUACAAAGUGUAUGCUUUCCGCGUAAGGAGAAUCAUAUAUUCCUCAAUGCCCUUAAGAAAAUAUCAUAUAAAGUUCAUGAAAUUUUGCAGUGAAUGCGGGCUCUGAUGUACAUUUUGUGAGCAGCAUUGGUAGACGUGCAUGUGCGAUGCUGUAUGUAUGGACAUCGCAUGGUCUUAAAAAUCUUAUAAUUAGAAACUUUUUUAAAACCGAAAUAUACACUUUCUUCGGGCAUAAAAUGUGAAGGAAAUGCUAUCUUCUACCAAACGAGCAAAAGAAAACAUAUUUUAUGUACGGUUUCUAUAAAAUAUAUUUGAAUUUAUAAGACCAUCAAAAAUUAAUGUGAAAAAUGCAUGCUAUAUAAGUCGUCAAUUUCUACCGAGUGUUGUUUCUGCAGGUCGGAAAGAAGUGGAAUCAAAAGCCAUAGUUCCGGCGAGUCCGAAAUACUAUAAGAUAAUGCCGCACCAUAAUCAAUAUUACAACCCCACCUAAGUAAACCUUCCUAAUCGAAAACGCAUUUCAGAAUUUCGGCCAACAUUUCAUGAGAUCGGUCACGCACUGCAGCUGGCUUUGUAUUAAAUGCCAUAGGGUGAUGGCUAUAGUUAGGGUUUUGAGGGUUUGUGUUAUGUUCAGGAGGGUCACGGUUAAGGUUAGGAUAUGGGAAUAGGUGCAUUCUGAAAUCUAACGCAAGAUCACUUGCCGUACGGGGUCCGUAUUCCGUGUCCGGCUCAAAGACCAUGUAUAGCGCAACAGUAUGUGUCUGGAGUUUCAUUCCCUGAAAAUCAGACAGUGCUAAAUACCAUCUUCCUCUUUGGUGUAACCAGGUCGGUGCUAGAGCGACAUUUCACAAAUUCACUGUAACGUUAUCCAUGCAUACAUUCCUGUCAUUUCAAAUAUUUUGUAGGAAGUUAUGUUUGAUGCAUACCUGUACAUCAUUAACGGCAGUAGUCCUGCACAUUUCUAUCUGGUACUCUAAGUCCCUGGAUGGUUUUGCCGCCUAUGCUUCCUUAUUGCAGAUUACGUUACAGUCUAACUUCCUUGGCUCUUCCAGCACUGUUUGCCUACUAACGCUAUUGUUUAUCAUGUUUGUGAACCUCAUCUUUGAUUUUGUUAUUUCUAGGUCAAACUUGAGGAUGGACUAAAAUCAGUAAAAAAGCUACUCUUACUCUCGGUGAGUACGCUUUACUUACAUUGACAGUUAGUUUGCGUGCUAGUUACGAGGUCUGCACCCUCCGCUAAUUGGGUUCUUAUUUUUGUCCACCCCUUUCAGGAGGAGAUACACAAGAGCGUUGACGCCAUCCCGCAAGAGGUAGGCCCCUCUUUUGAGCUCAUUAUUGCCCUUUUUGGGUCGUCUAAGACCCUUUCCCCUUCUCACCGAUCUUCCGCUACUAACACCGCUUUGCCUAGGUUGCUCGCAUCUGCACCCUGACGUCAUUUCAACCUGAUUCAACAGUUCCGUCCACUUCCUCCUCUUCUUUGCCACCCUCUUUGCCUGUCAUCUCGAAGGGCUGGAGCACCACGCAUCUCCUGGUUUCGGCCGUUGCUGGUUAUCUGCUGUUCAGGUUCCUCUUGGGUUAA